AUGUAUGGAAUCAAUGCCCUUCUUCGUGAUGUCCUCAUGAACAUCUACGGCCGUGUCGAUUUAGAAAUGCUUCCGAUGCUUGAAGAUCUGCUGAACAAUCCAUCACAGAUCAAGGAUAUGGUCCCCUUUAUUGUUGGAUUACAAGAAAGCGACAGGCGUACAGACAUCAGUUGGGACUACAGUGACCUGUUUCAUUGGGCCACGUUCGAGGAGAAACCUUUGGUUUUGGAGCGUGAUCUUCAUAAAUGGAACGAUGUUGUAUUGGGAAACUGUUUUACUUUUAAUCACAGACUUAGUUCACUUGAUUACAAAAUGCGCUCGUCCGGCAUUCAAGGCGGAUUACAAGUAUUAAUGAGGGUUGGAUCGGAUGAAUAUGCACCAUGGUUCGAUACAGCGGCUAUUUUGGUAUUCAUCCAUAACAAGAACGAGUACGUGUUUUCCGAGUCUGUACGCUACAGUGCGCAACCUGACGGAGAAACCCUGAUUCAAGUUCGAGAUACAAAAUACACGCGUCUUGCUGGCAAAUAUGGAGUCUGUGUGAAGGAUCCGUCAGAAGUAAACGCUUACUACUACGACGGAAUGUACACCACAGAUGGAUGUCUUCGCUCAUGUUAUCAAGAUAUGAUCUUCAAGGAGUGCGGAUGUAUGGAUCCACGGUAUCCGGUGGCCCCAAAUACAACCACAUGCGAGCUUGCCAGAAGACAAUGUAUUGAUGAUGCCGUCGAAGAAAAUGGUGAUCCAUCGGAUUGGGAUUCCUGUAUCUGCCCAUUACCGUGCUCCAAUCAGCAAUACUCGGUGGAGUGGCAUCGGACCACGUCCGCUUCGGAGGUUUCUAUUUUGAUCUCUUUUUUCAUGGUCAGUACUAUAAACUAUUGUACAUAUAAAAUGUAUUAUAAGGAUGACGUUCUAAUUACCAUCACUCUACCUCGUCUGGAGUACCAAGUUUUUGAGGAGGUCCCUAACAUGGACUUAAAUCGCUUCAUUUCCAAUCUGGGCGGUCUUCUUGGUGUCCUUAUGGGUGUCUGCAUCCUAUCAUUCAUAGAAGUGGUUGUGCUGAUAUUCAGAUUGAUAUGUAUAAUGUUUUCUAGCAAUUAA